AUGCCCCUCGAACAACCCCAACCGUCGACGACACAUCCCGACCUGGCGCCGCAUACCUUCCCCUUGAUGCUGCCAUCAGUCACCCCCACCGUGCUCCAGCAGUUGCCCGAGGACCCCGGCGUCGUCACCCUCAGCGAGGCGGGGGACCAGCUCCGAGCCCAACUACCCAGCCGCCUCCCCAAAGUGAACUGCCUUGCCCGCGCUCGAAUCCCCACUACUCAGGGCCCCGAAAUCUUCUUGCAUCUCUACGAAAACGACUUUGACGACAAAGAGCACCUCGCCAUCGUGUUUGGCGAAGAUAUCCGCUCGAAGCUGCUUUUUCGCUACCGCCCCAAAGAUACCCAACAGGACCGGAUGAUCCGCGGCGCCUACGUCGGCGAGUUGUACCCCGGACGUGUUGAAGCCGACGUCGACACCCGCCAGGGGCUCGAGCUCACCUUCACCGCCGACGGCGAGUUGGUGCGUGACCCCAAGACGACAUACAGCGACCCGUCGCUCGUGCGCAUCCACCUGGAGUGCUACACCGGAGAGACCGCCUGGCUGGCCCGGUGCGACUGCGGCGAGCAGUUCGACGAGGCCGGGCGCCAGAUGGGGCUUCGCGGCCACGGGUGUAUUGUCUACCUUCGACAAGAAGGCCGUGGCAUUGGCUUAGGGGAAAAGCUCAAAGCGUACAACUUACAGGACCUCGGCGCCGACACCGUCCAGGCGAACUUGAUGUUGCGCCACCCUGCCGACGCGAGAAACUUCUCAUUGGCGACGGCGAUCCUCCUCGAUCUCGGGCUCCACGACAUCGAGCUCCUCACAAACAACCCCGAUAAGAUCAUCGCCGUCGAGGGCAAGGACCGCGAGGUGCGCGUGAUGAAGCGGGUGCCGAUGGUCCCCUUGGCGUGGACGGGGGAGAACGGCAUCAAGCUGAAGGAGAUCGAGGGCUAUUUAAGCACCAAGAUCGAGCGCAUGGGCCACUUGCUAGAGAAACCCAUCAAAAUUUAA